CAUUGCCUGAUUUGCCAUCCCUGCAUCCUUCGUACACUGUUGAUACGUUCUUCAUUGGUGAUCUUGUUGCCUUGUGCAGUCUUUCGUCCUUGUUCUUCUUUCUCCUUUCUUCUCGCAAGAUCCUUACAGAGGCUGCCCAAUUGCCUCAGGUAACGUCUAUCCGGCCUCCCGUCUUCACCAGCGGACUUCGCUAUGGACUCUCGAUUUCUCAUAGGCGAUGCGCCUCUCGAUGCGGAGCCAGUCGCACCAACGUCUGUGACCACACUACCGCAGUUGUUUCACCACAUGGCAACUAUACAACCCAACAGCAUUGCGUACUCUGUUCAAACACCACAUGGACUACAGACAAUGACAUAUGCUGAGGCAGAUGCCAAAGCAAUGUCUCUGGCCAUACGCAUCGCAGCCCUCUCCUCACAGACCGGAGAUUACAAAGUACCAACAGUAGCCAUCUGGCUAGAAAAGGGCCUCGACCUAAUCAUCGCUAUCCUCGCAACUACAUACUCUGGCGCCACAUGGCUUCCUCUCGAUCCAGAUGUCCCUGCAGAGCGUGCCGCCGUCUGCGCGCUUGAUGCCUCUGUCUCUUUGAUCAUCAGUGAUGAGGCCCAUGCGGAUCAAGUUCGGGAUGUGCAAGAGCGAGUUGCACUGAACAUGUCAGGCACUGGAAAGUCGCCCUUACAAUGUCGCACAAUCUCUGGAUUGUCUCUGGAAGCGAGAUCACUACAUGCUUCCAGCACUACAGCCGCUGGGUCAAUACCUGGUCCUCGACCUAUAGAUGCUGCCUAUCUCAUAUACACCUCGGGAACGACGGGAACGCCUAAAGGCAUUGCUAUUCCUCACUCAGCUGCAUUAAUGUUCUCUCUGAGUGAGCAGAAGGUCCUGGAAACAAGUCCGCGAGACAUCGUUUGGAACGGCUUCAGUCCAGCAUUCGACAUGUUUGUCGAGGAGAUGUGGGUCACCAUCGCUGGUGGAGGUCACCUCGCCAUCGGCACUAGAGCAGAAUGCCGCGACGUACCUGCCCUACCCUCAGUAUGGGCCAGCCGUGGUGUCACUCUUGUCAACGCUGUUCCUACCCUGAUUGGCAUCAUGAACAUCGCACGAACAGACGAUGGCGACUCUCUUCUUCCGUCGUGUGUACGCCUGAUCAACCUUGGUGGUGAGGCUUGUCCGCCUGCAUUGGUGGAGCGUCUUGCUAGACCUGGUCUUCGCAUCAUCAAUACUUAUGGUCCUACUGAGACUACCGUCACUGCUACCUGGGACGAGCUCCAACCUGGUAUUCCCGUUACCAUUGGCAAACCGCUGCCUGGAUAUCAUGCGUGCCUUCUCCAUAUCUAUGAUGACAGUCUGCCAGCCGAUAUCGACCCAUUAGAGUGGCGCGAGGGCGUUGAGGGAGAGUUGGCUAUUGGAGGUCCUUGUGUUGGACUUGGCUAUGUUGGACGCUCUGAUUUGACAUCACAAAAGUUCAUCUCUCACCCAUUACUGCCUGCUGGGGAAGAGAAGCUGUAUCGCACUGGCGAUCGUGUUAAAUUACAGGCCGACGGAAAAAUCAUCUUCCUCGGUCGCAUCGAUACUCAGGUCAAACACCGCGGCUUUCGCAUCGAGCUCGGCGAGAUCGAGUCACGACUCUACGGCGUUUCAAACGUGCAAGCUGCAUCCGUCAUUCUAGCCAACGCAAACUCUGAGUCGGCACGUCUGGAAGCUUUCGUCGUCCUCAAAGACGGAGCUUCUCGUAAUAUUGCCGCAAUCCAGCAGACCGCAUUCGCCAGCUUGCCAGCCUACAUGCGUCCAGAGGAGAUCUUCUUCCUGGAAGCAGACGAGAUGCCGAGACUCCCAAGCGGCAAGAUCAAUGCUAAAGCUUUGCAAGAUGUCUCUACGCGUGUCAAUGCUGAAAGAGCGGUCGCGCAGUCUAGCAGUGACGACGACUCGAUUGACACCUUGAGCACGAUGCCAAUGGAUGGUGUGCUAGGUCUAUUGCUCGCUACACUGUCGCCUUUGUUUCCUCAAGCACGCGUGAGGCCUGAUAGUGACAUCUUCAACGACCUCGGUGGACACUCGCUGAUUGCAGCUAUCCUUGUAUCUCGACUUCGACAAGCACAACUCGACAAAGACCACACUCAACCUUUUGCGUCCAUAGGUCUUGCCGACAUCUAUGAGGCACGUACGCCAGCCAACAUCGCCUCUCGCUUUCAAGUCUCACCACAAGGCAAAGGCCUCCGCAUCGACGUUGAUGAGACUGACUCUCUGGACGACGAAGAAGGUACUGGACCCUGGACUGGAGAUUACCUUCCCGUCUCACAGACAAAGUACGUGCUUUGUGGUAUCGCUCAACUUGUACCUCUCCUCUUCCUCUUCUUCUUGCAGUCAAUCGAGAUCUUGGUACCGUAUCUGGUUUUCGAUUUCCACGCUGUUGCCGGUAGGAUUGGUUUUGCCAUCCUGGCGGCCUAUGGUGUCUUUGUGGUCAUCCCGCCUGCUCUGAGCAUCGUGGCUCUCAUGGGCAAGUGGAUACUUCUGGGUAAAGUACAACCGGGCGAGCAUCCGCUUUAUGGCGUUUACUACUUCCGCUGGUGGUUCGCUGAUCGCUUGACUGCGUUGGCAAAUCCGAAGUUGAUUGCCGAUAGUGGAUUAUACCCUUAUUUCCUUAGAGCUAUGGGCGCCAAGGUUGGGCAAUUUUGCCAUCUUGGUCCCUUGCAGAUUGGACCUUGCUUUGAUCUUGUUGAGAUUGGGGAUGAUGUCGUGAUCGGUGGUGAUGUUUUAUUGGGCGUCUGUAUGGUUGAACGUGGACGUUUGAUCCUCAAGCGAGUCGUCAUUGGAAAUGGUGUCAGUAUUGGGUCUCGUUGUGCUAUCGAAGGUGAUGCUACGAUCGGAAACGGAGCAGAGAUUGCAUCGCUUUCUCUGGUACCUUCUGGUAUGCAUGUACCUGACUCCCAUCGCUACCACGGAUCGCCCGCUCGUCUGGAAAAGAUCAAGACGGAUGAUGGAUCUUCUCGACCUGAGGACACAAGACCUUCUAAAGCUCGUGCAACAGCCAUGUUGCUCGGUAAUGCAUUCGUAGUCUUCUUGGUUCUGCCUCUCCUGUACUUCGUACCCCAGAUCCCUGGUCUGAUUCUCUUCGACGUGCUGGAUUUCCGGUCUAUCAGUGGAUGGCAACAAGUCGCCAUCCUAUCAGUACCGAUCUGUUUCGCCUACCAGGUCUUGGUGUUUGCUCAGCUUCUGCUCUACCGCCAUCUUUUCCUCGGUAAACUAAAGGAAGGCACGUAUAGUAUCUAUAGUGUCUUUUACCUUCGCAAAUGGUUCAUUGAAAGACUCAUGGAUCUCGCUCUGGAUGUCCUUCAUCCUGUUUUUGCAACCAUUUACAUAAUUCCCUUUCUCAGGGCUUUGGGAACAAAGAUUGGCAAGCGCGCCGAAGUCUCCACCGCCCGCAAUGUACCUUUCGAACUUCUGGAGAUCGGAGAGGAAAGUUUCGUCGCGGAUGCUGUUAUCAUGGGAGAAGGCGUGGUCAAAAACAACACACUUACUUUGGCGAAGACAAAGCUCGAACCUCGCGCUUUUGCUGGAAACGCCUCUGUGCUUCCUCAAGGCACUACACUUGCUUCCGGCACACUGCUGGGUGUCCUUUCUAUCGCCCCGCCAGCAAACACACCGAUGGCGAAUAACAGCUCUUGCUUUGGUUCUCCACCAGUCCUGAUGCCAAACCGACAACGAGCAGAAGGCCACGAAGACUCUCUCCUUUUCCGCCCCUCCGCUGGCCGUAUAGCCGCCCGUCUCACAAUCGAAGGCCUCCGCAUCGUCAUCCCCCGCGCGAUCAUCAUCUUCGGUCUCGGCUUCAGUCUCCAAAUGGCUCACGACGGCUACGCCAAAAUCGGCGCCGUGCACACUCUACUCAUGCUCCCCCUCUUCUACUUCUUCCUCUUCGCCCUCCCAGCCUUGACCUUCACAGCAGCGAUUAAAUGGCUGCUAAUCGGCCGCUAUAAACCCGCAGAAUGGCCCCUCUGGAGUCUAGAAGUCUGGCUGAGUGAAGCCGUAACCUCCACCUGGGAAACCCUCACCGAACCCUUGCUAGCAGCAAAUCUAGUGGGAACGCCAUAUCUCGCCAUGUGUUUCCGUCUCAUGGGUGCCAAAGUCGGUGCUAGAGUUACACUUCUCUCUUCGGAUAUCACGGAAUAUGAUUGUGUGGCAUUUGAGGAUGAGUGUAUGGUUAACAAGCUUUGUGGUGCUCAGACACAUCUUUUUGAGGAUAGGGUUAUGAAGGUGGGCAAUGUUAGGGUGGGGAGGAGGGCUUGUAUGAAGCCGUUUAGUGUUUGUUUGCCGGGAAGUGUGGUGGGGGAUGGAGCACAGUUGGGUUGUUUGAGUCUUUUGAUGAAGGGGGAGGUUUUGCCUGAGGAGACUGCUUGGGAGGGCGCACCUGUUGUGCCUAGGAAAAGAAGAAACGGUGUGAGGAGGGUAAAUAUCAAUGGUGAUGUAGAGAUGUUGACGGUGUAGAUUAGACUCGUGCAAUUGUGUAUGAUCAAGCUCAAUUUUUGUCAUGAAUAAAAAAGCAUCCCUGCAUGGUCGGGUCUGGCAAGUUCAAUCGAAAAAUGCUUGCGAAUUCUUCAUGACACUUACCUUCGUUUCUUCACUCUUUCAUGAACUAGUCCGGUGACUCGACUCGAAUGAUCGCCAUUUCCUCAGAGACUCAUACAUUAUCAAAUACUUCCCCUCCGUCAAUCCAUCAACACAACUUACCCCCAACCCCCUUUUCAUCAACACAAACCCUAUCCUUUACCUCUCCCCCCAUACCUCCAUCAAUAUCCUCCCUCUUAACCCCCUCUUCCAUCCCCUACAACUUCUCAACAUCCCCAUCCCCAUCCCCAUCAUCACACUUCCAACCCCCUUUCUUCCCCUUCCCAAAACACUCUCCACAAGCAUUAGCCUCCGGAUGCCUAGCCUUCAACCACAUGCCCACAACCGC